CUUAUCCUCUUCACGCCGGCCAAAUGCAAAUGUGCGAACUCCCGGCGUCUGGGCCUUGACGCCGAGCGGCCGCACAUUUGCGUGCAAUUAAGAAAAACAUAUGUGCUGAGAGCGCGCACCCUGCUCAUUCCCAGCACACAUGUCCGGUAUUCACGGCAAGGUCCCGAUCUCCUCUUACGAUUGGGACCUUUCCCAAUCAUGACCUUAAAACCUCGCCACACCUCCUUGCUUCUGAAACCCUUAAAGGGCCAGGAGGCGCCGGCGCCA